ACAAUGAUCCUGUUGCAAAUUCUCGCAGGUCUUUUGAAUUUUGCUGGGGAUUACAUAGAGGAUUUCGAGAGGACCCUACCGGAAACCCUAGAACUUCGAGAUACCUAUGAUUUCAUCAUCGUGGGGGCAGGAUCUGCGGGUUGUGUGAUAGCUAACAGGCUUACAGAGAACCCUGAUUGGACUGUGUUACUUAUAGAAGCAGGUUAUGAUUCUGAUUUGCUCAUGGAUAUACCCCUAAUGGCCCCUAUCCUGCAACUGACCUCAGCUAACUGGAACUACACCUCUGAACCAAGUGAUACUUAUUGUCUAGCAAUGACCAACCAUCAAUGUAGAUUACCUCGAGGUAAAAUAAUCGGAGGUUCAAGUGUCCUAAACUAUAUGAUCUUCACCAGAGGUAACAGAAGAGAUUAUGACAACUGGGCCAAAAUGGGUAACACUGAAUGGUCCUACGAAAAGGUCCUACCAUACUAAAAAUUAGAAACCUUUUCUGUACCAUCAAAAUAUAAAGAUUCUAGAUACAGAGGAUCAACAGGUCCCUUAGGAGUGAAAUACCCCAAUGGAAAGACUAAUAUAAGUAAGUCAAUAAUCAAAGCCAAUAUGGAAUAUGGUAUACCAUUGGUGGAGUACAAUGGUGAGACCCAAACAGGUGUCUCCUACCUCCAGGUGAAUCAAAAAGAUGGUUAUAGACAUAGUGUAUCCGAUGCGUAUCUACAACCAAUCAAAAACCGAUCUAAUUUACACUUGAUCAAACAAGCUGUUGUUCAGAAGGUGAUACUUGAUGGUACCCUGGCUAUAGGUGUGGUUUUUGAACGUAAGGAAAAAAAAUAUCAUAUCUAUGCCAGCAAGGAGGUUAUCUUGAGUGCUGGAGCGGUGGGUUCACCACAAAUUUUGAUGUUAUCAGGUAUAGGUCCUGAGAAACACCUGAAAAAUCUUAAUAUUCCUGUUGUGAAGAAUUUACCAGUUGGUAAGAACCUCAUGGAUCACAUAGCGACAAGUUUGACCUUUAGGUUCAACCAAGACCUGCACUACUCAAUAAAAGUUACUAGAGCCUUAGCGGCAAUACCAAGUUAUUUGGAUAGUCAUGAUGGGAUCCUGAACAUACCAGGUGGUUGUGAGGUGGUGACCUUCUAUGACUCAACAGAUCCUAAAACCCAGAUGGUUAUCCUGAUAUUGAAUUGUUAUACAUCUCAAGUCAACUUACAAGCGCAAUUUAUAACAGAUAUUUUUGGGAUAGAAGAGAAACAUAUCAAAGAUUAUGUCCCUUUGAAUUCAGAGGGUUUCACGGUAUUCCCCAUGUUGUUAAGACCCAAAAGUAGAGGGUAUGUCCAAUUAAGAGACACUGACCCAAAUUCACAUCCCAUUAUAGUCCCCAAUUACCUCUCACAUCCUGAUGAUGUUAAGACAAUGAUCAAGGGUAUCAAACUUGCAAUGAAGAUCAUGGGUCAAAAGUCCCUGAAGAAGAAACUCAAUGUAAAACUGCUUAAAGUUUUAUCCAAAGAAUGUCCCUUUCCCUGGAGGAGGAAGAGGAUAAAUAUUUCGAGUGUCUUGCAAGGUACUACACUAUAGAUAUACCAUCAAUCAGGGACCUGUAGAAUGGGUCCCAAAGAAGAUGAAAGAAGUGUGGUGGAUCAAAGGUUGAGAGUGCAUGGUAUCAAAGGUUUGAGGGUUGCAGAUGCUUCGAUUAUACCGGAAAUCAUGGCAGGGCAUACAAAUGGACCAGUUGUUAUGAUUGCAGAGAGGGUUUCAGAUAUGAUCAAAGAAGGCUAUGGCUUUAAAGGUUCUGAAUGA